GGACAUAGCCGAGGUGGUCGUGGUGGGAGGAUCCUUCACCCCUCCUGGGAAGCCAAGAAGAAUGCCAAUCCCGGUUUGGCAGAGUUCCAAGGUCGGAAGACCACCUUUAAUGAGAGUGGAACUUCCACCUCGUUCUCGUCUUAUACUCCGCCAGCAUCUAAUAGGGCCACCGAUUUCCAACCUAAGAGCGCACCUCAAAACGUCCAUCCCAGUUGGGCCGCCAAGAAGGAGAUGAAUAAAGGAAUGGCCCCAUUUCAGGGCAAGAAAAUUGUCUUCUGAGGCUAAUAAUGCAUAACUUAUAUGAACGCUUGCAUAAAACAGAAUAAGUGGCUUUUCUCUUCAGCGGCUGUGAUUGAGUCAUGUGAUCACGAUUGUUUCUCUCGCUCUGUUUCAGGACGAUCAUGACGAAUGCCGAGGCCAACAAGCGCCUGUUUGUGGGGAAUCUCCUCCCUGAUGUGGCCUCGGGAGACUUGGAGCGGCUUUUCGGAAGGUACGGACGCGUCACCAAUGUUGAGAUCAAGAACAAGACUGACAUCGACGGCAAGAUCACCUCCACAUUCGCGUUCAUCAGUGCCGAUAUGACGGAGGAGUCAUUGCCCGAGUGUAUUCAAACGCUCAAUGGCUUGAAAUGGAAGAAACAGAACUUGAAAGUCCAGGCUGCUCAAGAGAGCUUCAUGCAGAGGCUCCAAAGGGAACGUCAAGAGAGAAUCCAAAAGUUUGCUAAUCAACAAGAACAAACGCAUCCGAAGCAAGUGCCGCAACGGGAACAACAACAACAACACCAACAGCGAACGCUUAAGCACGAUGAAAAAAAUCCCAACUACGAUCCCAUGUCCAUGUUCAAAAGAGUAAUGAAGAAUGAGGAACCCUCUGCCAAGAAACCAAGUACAGGCUCGAAAAAAGAAGACAAAUCGAAGGGCCUUAUCGAUCAAGAGUCCAUGUUCUUUCAAUGCUACAAAGAGAAAGUGGACGAAACUGUGCCAGGGGUUGGCAAGGCCAAAAAUGGAUUGGUAACCUUUUCGGAUGACGACGUCGACGACAAAGAUCAAAGAGAUCGGAAUGAAGGUCGACCUUCGAAGGUCAAAUUGAAGGACAAGCCCCGGGGAAUGAUGAGCAAUUCCAAGCGAAAAUAUCACUCCAGUAGCGAGGAUGACGAUACAGAAGAAGACACGGCGGCACAAUCCGUGCCAAUGAUCCCCAAAAAUGUCCAUAAAAAAGUCGAAAAACCUAGCCAAGUAUCCAAACCUAAGCCCAAGCCUUUAGCCAGAAAGCGUUACUAUUCGAAUUCAGAUGAAGAGUCGGAGAAUGAGAACGAAUCUAAAGUACCUACAAAUCAAGGAUUACGGUUUGGCGGAGAUUUUUGGGGUGAUUCAGAUGACGAGCAAACCAAUCAUAGCAAGAGACCCUCAAAGAAAUCGUUUGAACAAAACUUUAGCAAACGGCCAAAUGUCGAGGACGCCAAUGCGAAGCGAUUGCAAUCGAUAAAACAACGGCAAAAGGAGCUGCAAAGAACCCAGAAAACCCUCGGAAAGAUCCAAGUAGACGGUCCAAUUCAGUCGAAAAAGAUCAUUUUCGACCACAAGGACAUCAAGCACGAGAGCAAGUCUAAACUCUUCCAGGAAUCCGACGAAUCCGACGAUGAAGACCAUUUCAAAGUGAAGGAACAAUUCGAAGGUAAAUCGGGCGAGAAGCUCUUGGAACUCCAAUCCAAAAUUGCGGCCACCGAUGAUCGCUUCAAGGUUGAUUCUCGCUUCAAAGAAAGUGAUUCAUCAUCAUCAUCAUCAUCGGACGAAUCCGAGAGCGAAAGAAAGAUCGUAAAGAAUCAAGGAGACAUCCAGAGCGAGAAGCCACGCAAUCUAGCGCUUUCUCAGUCAGUGAUUGGUGAUAAAAAGAACACGGCCGUUAAGAAAGAGCGAAGAGCGGUCGAGUUCAAGGACACCUCUCGAUUGCGAUUUGAUCCGGAUGACGAGUCACACGCUAAGAAGUUCGAAAAAGGUCAAGAUAGCGAUUCAGACACCUCGGAGACAUCCCAAGUUGAGCCGCCUCCACCCACUGAAACGCCCAUGCCAGAAAUGACGAACGACAAGUCCUACUUCCUCAAGAAGGACACGUUUUCGAAGAAGGAACCAAAAAGCGGGUUCUCCUUCGGGUUCAAGGUCGGAGAAACCGGCCAAUCCCAAGGCUUCAGUUUGUUGAAGAAGUUCGGUCGAGAGCCUUAUGAAGCCGAGGAGGUGAGCAAGAAGGACAAGAAAGGCAAAUUAGGGUUUUUGGAGCGCAAUCCUUUCAAGUAUGACUCAUCCAGUGAGGAUGACGAAGUUGAGGACGAGAAACCGAGUAGUGAGCAUCAAAGCUCGCAAUCUAAACCGGCCCUGCCAUCGCAAGAGGAUCAAAUGGCCGAGUUUUCUCGGAAAUUGGCUCAAAAAUCGAUUUCCGUCUCAACGAAGCUCUCCGAGGCGUUCUUGUUCAAGGUCAAUGAUCCAAGAUUUAUCGAAGGCGCCGAGUUCUUGUCUCAUGACAAAGAAUCAUUAGAUGAGACCAGAGAGAAGUACGAGGAGCAAAGGCCGAUCCUGGCCAAGAUAAUCAAGAAGAAGCGUAGAAAUCGCGUGCAAAAGCAAAACCAGAUGACCAUGAAGGCCAAGAAAAACCGGAAAUCGGCGUGGCAGCAGAAGAAACUGAAAAAAGAAUGAUCACUCUUCUAGUUUAUACAUUUAUUUGGCUCCGAUAAUUAAAACACUAACGUUUGAACAUUUC